UUUUUGUUUUUGUUAACGUCUCAGCCCUGACCGUUUUUUUUUUUUGUAAACAAUUAUAGUCAACAAAAAUAAAAGUGAAUUUUGUGUUUGUAAAAAAUUUAUAAGAUCAUUAAUAAUGUUACUAUUGGUAUUGUCCAGUUGACCACAAAUUAUUUUAAGUAUUUUAAAAUUGUUUGAACAAUGAGAAAAUAUUAUCAAGCAAUUUUACUUAUUGUUGCUGUUAUUAGUCUUAUUUCACUUCUUUUUUAUCAACAUGAAUAUAAUAAAUUACGAAAUGUAUUUAAUUACUUUGGUAAAGUUGAGCACAAAGAUAUUGUUGAUAAUUGCACAAAAAUUGACAUAAAACAAGAAAAAUUGAAUUUAGAAUUUGAUGAACCUUUUUCAUCAUGGCAACGUUUAAAUGAUGAUUUAUUUGUUUAUUCAUCGUAUACAAAAAAUAAUCGUGAAAUAAUAACAAUUGCUUUUGGUAAAUUAAGAAGUAAUUUUGAUUUUCAUUGUAAUAUUAAUAUUGAAAGUGAAAUUUUAUCUGGGAAAUUUUCUUAUUCUAUUUUAAAAAAUACAACAGACAUUUUAGAUAAUGAGGAAUUUUGUGGUUAUCUUUUAAAAUGUGAACUUGAAGAAGAAAAUAAUCCCAUUGGUGUUACAUAUUUUGAAACAACAACAAAUAAUGAUAAUAUAAUUUUACCAAUAAAACAAUUAUCAAAAUUUUUAGAUGGAAGUGAAUAUGCAUUUUGUAUUUCGCCAAUUGAUAAUAAAAUUCCAUCAUUAUUGGAUGUUACAAAUUUUUUAAAUACUCAUAAAUUACUUGGUGUUGAAGAUUUUAUUAUUUAUGAUUAUAAUAUGCCUAUUAUAAUGGAUAAAAUAUUAAAAAAUCAAAUGAAAACAAGUUGUACAAAAAUUUCAUGGAAUUUCCCAUUUUUUAAUAUAAGAAAACGUAUUAUAAUGUCAUUAAUGGAAUUAGAUUGUCUUUAUCGUACAUAUAAUAGAGCAACAUAUUCAGCACUUUUAACAUGGGAUGAAAAUAUUGUACUCAAUUAUCAUUCUAGUCUUCAUAAUUUAAUGAUUGACUUUAAAAAAAAUAAAAUGUUUGGCGAUCGUUUCAUGUUAAAUAGUUCAAUAUUUUGUAAACAAAACAAUAAAACAAGAGCUUCCGCCGUUGGUAUAAAAAAUCAAAAAUCCAAUUUAAAUAAUCGAUCAUUAUAUAUUUUUAAACCUAUCGACAUUCUUGAUAAUGAAAAUAUCAAAACAAUGGAAGUUCUUUCAGAUUUAGUUGAAGUGAAACGUUAUCAAUUAUGCAUUAAUAAUGAACAAAAAGGAAAACAAAAAAUUGUCAAUUUUAGAAAAAGUUUUCGAUUUGCCGCAGAUAUAUAAAAAAAAGAACAAAUUAAAAUUCAUGUGUUUAAAUAUCGACAAAAAAAUGAGACUGAUGUGUAUGCGAUUAUAAUGUACAAUGUUUUAUAUAUGUUGAAAUUUGACAAUAAAUAAAAAAAUGUAUUAUUAAAUAAAAACUAAAUUUUAAUAAUA